AUGAUGUCCUUCCGCACAUUCCUCCCACUUUCUCAACCAAGCUUCGUGGAAAUGCCGCAGUUGCUCGGUCUCAAGCCGACCAAGCCGGUCAACAAGUGCUCUCUCGACUUCAUCCUAUCGAGCGAAGAAAAGGUCAUCGCGAAGCCAGCGAUGUUGCCUUCGUUUCCGUGGACUUCACCACAGCGAGGAUCCUCCCACAAGACGUUCGCUCCAAUCAUGGCACCGCCCUCAGGUCCCUGCAAGAUUGCGAAGCGCCGCCCUCUCCAGAACGUCAGCGUGUCCAAUGGUAGCACGAAAGUACCUGGCAAGGCUGGAGCUGUGCUCGCAAACGGUAUCAUCAUCAAGAAGGGCAGUAAAUACUGCAUGGUCGAUGGCUGCACGAGUCGCGCAAAGCACGCACGUCGGUGUUGGCGUCACGGCGGCUCUGUCAAGUGCAAGGUUCCCGACUGUGCCAACCGGGCCAAGACCAAGGGAGUCUGUUGGUCUCACGGCGGCGGAACUCUCUGCUCGUUCCGUGGCUGCACCACGAUCAGUGUCUCGAAUGGAUGCUGCUGGGCACAUGGAGGCGGCAAGCGUUGUGCGAUGGGGGGCUGUGCACGUCCGGCAUACGAGCGUACCGACCACCUCUGCACGCUGCACUUCGAGGAGAAGCAGUACAUCACUCAAGUGCACAGCCACAACCAGCGCCACUGCUAA